AUGGCUCUUUUCUACCAUGGACUUAACCAAACAGAACUUGCAUUACGGCACAUGUCUCAGGCAUUGCUCUUGCUAAGCUUGUCAUUAGGCCCAGAUCACCCUGAUGUCGCUGCAACUUUUAUAAAUGUUGCAACAAUGUACCAAGACAUUGGAAAUAUGAACACAGCUCUUUACAUUGGAAAUAUGAACACAGCUCUUCGUUAUCUACAAGAAGCUUUGAAAAAAAAAAAUAAAAGGCUUCUAGGUGAGGAACAUAUCCAAACUGCUAUAUGCUAUCAUGCUCUUGCCAUUGCAUUCAAUUGUGUGGGUGCCUUCAAGCUUUCUCACCAGCAUGAGAAGAAAACCUAUGAUAUACUUGUCAAACAACUUGGUGAGGAGGAUUCAAGGACACGGGACUCCCAAAACUGGAUGAAAACAUUUAAGAUGCGUGAGUUACAGAUGAAUGCACAAAAGCAAAAAGGCCAAGCUUUGAAUGCAGCUUCUGCUCAAAAAGCUAUUGAUAUUUUGAAGGCCCAUCCUGACUUAAUACAGGCAUUCCAAGCUACUACAACAGCUAGAGGGUCUGGGGGUUCAGGAACCUCUGUCAACAAAUCUCUUAAUGCUGCAAUAAUUGGUGACAAUCCUCCUCGAGGGAGGGGAGUUGAUGAAAGAGCUGCCCGUGCAGCAGCUGAAGUCAGAAAGAAAGCUGCAGCUAGGGGCCUCUUGAUACGUCCACAUGGCGUUCCGAUACAAGCUAUGCCACCACUUACUCAACUCCUCAAUAUUAUCAAUUCAAGUAUGACCCCUGAUGCGGCAGAAGGUGGGGGAAACUGAUGGAGUGAAGAAGGAAGCCAAUGGCCAUCCUUCAAAUGGCCCAGUGGAUUCCAAAAAUGAUGAAUUGACAUCAUGGCAAGAAGAUCAGGCUCCUGUUGGAUUGGGCACAGGCUUAGCAGCAUUGGAUGCCAAGAAACAAAAAGCAAAAGCCAAAGCUGCUGCUUGAAUUGUUGCACAGUUGAGAUUACGCUGAUCGGUAAGAAAACCCCUUAUUUAUUUAUGAGAAUUGGAAUGAUUUCCAAUAUGGCAUCAGAGUCUUUUGUUUUGUUGUUUGAGUGAUGAACAAUCCCGUUUAUCUGUGGAUCUCAGAAGCUAUAAAGGGUAUUGAGAUGUGCCCGUUGACUGACAGGUAUUCCUUUUCGUUUUAACCAAUAAUCAGGGUCAUUUACUCCGGAGAUCAUGCCAACCAAUAGAUUAAAUAUAUUCUUCUAUGUAUUGACUGAAGAAUGAACUUGUCAGUUUUCCUAUCUUUUGAUUUUUAAUUAAAUUUUGAGCAAUUUUG